AUGCAGAGCCUUAACCAGAUAUCUCUAGAACGGGUGUUUUGUUGCUUCGAUGAGAAUGGCGAUGGAAGGAUAUCAUCAACUGAGCUUAGGUCAUGUAUGAGCGUCGUCGGCUAUGAACUAUCCUUAGACGAGGCGAGGGCAAUGAUAGAUUCAAUGGAUGCUAAUGGAGAUGGACAGUUGAGUUUAGAUGAGUUCAUUAAGUUGAUAGAGAGGGAAGAAGAAGAUGACAGAAUGAUGAUAGAAGCCUUUAAGAUGUAUCAGAUGGACAGUCAAGAUUGCAUUACAGCCAAGAGCCUGAAGAGAAUGCUAAGCAGGUUAGGCUAUUCUAGGAAUAUGGAAAUUUGCGAGGAGGUGAUUAGUAAAUUUGACAUAAAUGGGGAUGGUGUGCUUAGUUUUGAUGAGUUCAAGGUUAUGAUGAUGGCUUAG